CACGCACUGUUGACACGUGAGCCGUUAAGUUCCCCGUGGUUCCUGCCCAUGUUUUCAUCUGAGCCCCGGUCCGCGGCCGCAGAAGAUGUGUCUGUGUGGUUGUAAGACACAAGUUUAAUGACACAAGUUCCAGAGAGAGACAACAUGGUCAGCCGGAUCCUCUUCUGCGUUUCCUGCUCAUAAACACAAGAUCUGAGCUCUGUGCUGCUGCUGAGGCCGACUUCAAUAGGGUCUGCCAUGUUCUCUGAUGCCCUAGAAGCAGCUGGGCGGGUGGAGGGCCUGCCUCUGUCCUCCCCGCAACCGCUACCAGAGCUAGAGGAAGAAGAAGCAGAUGCAUCAGCGGAGAAGGGGCCAAAGAGACAAGGCCGCUACCGGCAGAGCCUGCAGCUUUUAAAGCCCUUCAGGAUAACUCACAAACACCAGCACCCAGUCGAUAACGCCGGCCUCUUCUCAUUUAUGACUCUGCACUGGCUCUCCCCACUGGCACUGAAGGCCUACAAGGCGUCCAGCUUGUCCAUAGAUGAUGUGUGGGGACUGUCUUGCCACGAAGCCUCUGAAUUCAACUGCCAAAGGCUGGAAACUUUGUGGCAUGAUGAGCUGAAAAGACGAGGACGAGAGGGGGCCUCCCUGACAAGAGUCUUCUGGAGGUUCUGCCAAACCCGCAUGCUGGUGGCCAUCUUCUCCCUCCUCCUCACAAUGGUGGCAGGCUUCGUUGGGCCUGCUCUCUUGGUUCGAGCUCUGCUGGAGUACUCCCAGAGCUCAGAGAGCUGCGUGCCGUACGGCCUGUCUCUGGUAGCCGGGAUCUUCCUCAUGGAGCUGAUGCGCUCCUGGUCUCUGGCACUCAUGUGGGCCGUCAACUACCGCACCGCAGCACGCCUCCGUGGGGCAGCUCUUACGUUUGCCUUCAACAAGAUUCUCCGCCUACGCAGCACUAAAGAUGUCGGCCCAGGCGAGCUGAUCAACAUCUGCUCCAGUGACGGCCAGCGGCUGUAUGAAGCAGUGUCGAUGGGCUGCCUGCUGGCGGGGGGGCCCCUUGUGGGAAUGCUGGGUCUGUUGUACACUGCGUACUUUCUGGGCCCCACUGCUCUGGUGGGGUCGGCUGUUUUCAUCCUCUUCUACCCAGCCAUGAUGCUUGCAUCGAGGCUGACGGCGUAUUUCCGCAAGAAGUGUGUGACGGUGACUGACCGGCGCGUGAGGCUGAUGAACGAGAUCUUGGGCUGCAUAAAGUUCAUCAAGAUGUACUGUUGGGAAGAUGCCUUUGCACAGAAUAUUCACAAGGUGCGAUCAGAAGAGAGGGGCAUACUGGAGAGAGCUGGGGUCGUCCAGAGCCUCACAGUGGGCGUGGCUCCCAUUGUCGUGGUUAUAGCGAGCGCGUGCACUUUCACCCUACAUAUGGCUUUGGGCUAUGACCUUACUGCAGCUGAGGCUUUCACUGUGGUUGCAGUUUUCAACUCCAUGACCUUUUCCCUCAAAGUCACACCACUGGCUGUGAGGUCACUGUCAGAAGGUGCUGUUGCAGUGACAAGAUUUCAGAGGCUCUUUAUGAUGGAUGACAGAGAGGUUGUUUUGGUCACAAUGGAGGAUCCUAGCAAUGCAGUCGAAUUUCAGGAUGCCACACUGGCUUGGGAAAAGGCUCGCUCUCCCAGUGCAAAACCUAACCUGCCUCCAAAGAAGCGAGGAGGGAUGAAACGCGUGCUGCGCAGGGAGAAGCUUAGCCUGUACAUUUCCACAGAGGACAGCAAAGGAAACAACAAGGAAGGUCCCAACGCACAAAGUCUGCUAACAAAUAUGGAGCAGGAGAGCCCGCAAAGCACCAUCUCCUCCACUCAAAGCAUACGACCUCCGCUGCACAAGACCCUGCACCGCAUUGACCUACGCAUUAAGAAGGGUUCGCUGGUUGGAAUCUGUGGUGGUGUCGGUAGCGGAAAGAGCUCUCUUCUGUCUGCUCUACUAGGACAGAUGACUCUGCUGGAGGGUAAUGUGGCUGUCAGUGGUGGCUUCGCUUAUGUGUCACAACAAGCCUGGAUCCUCAAUCACUCACUGAAGGAGAACAUACUAUUUGGAAAUGAGUAUGACCAAGACAAAUAUAAUGUUGUCCUGGAAGCCUGCUGUCUUCUUCAAGAUCUUGCAGAGCUCCCAUAUGGAGACAUGACUGAGAUUGGAGAGAGAGGAGCCAAUCUGAGUGGAGGGCAACGUCAGAGAGUUAGCCUGGCGCGUGCUCUCUACAGUGAACGUCCCAUACUUCUCCUGGAUGACCCUCUCAGCGCUGUUGAUGCUUGUGUGGGGUCCCAUGUCUUCCAUAAAGCUAUCAGGGGCAUUGCCAAAGGCAAGACGGUGCUCUUUGUGACCCAUCAGCUGCAGUACCUGUCUGAGUGUGACUACGUUGUUCUGAUGAAGGAUGGGCAGAUUGCAGAGUUUGGCACCCAUGCCCAGCUCAUGGGUAAAGAGCGUGACUAUGCCACCCUAUUCAACAGCAUGCAACAGGAGAAUCUGGUGAAAGAGAAUUUAAAAAACAAACAGCAGAAGGCAGGUGCAGAGAAGGCUGACAGUGGUGUGAAUAUUGCCAAGGUCGGACCAAGGGUGGAAAGCAGGAAAGCAGAACAACUGAUGAAAGCCGAAGAGAAAGGCUCCGGUGCAGUCGACUGGUCUGUGUAUGGUGCCUAUAUCAAAGCAGCAGGAGGUCCGAUAGUCUUAAUCAUCAACAUCUUCCUCUUCCUCUCCACCACUGGCAGCAUAGCCUUCAGUAACUGGUGGCUGAGCUACUGGAUCAGGCAGGGCAGUGGGAACACAUCAUUGAUCUUGGUGAAUGAAACGAUGGCGAGCAACAGCAUGAGACUCAACCCUCACAUUCAGUAUUAUUCAACUGUUUACAUCAUGUCAAUGGGAGCCGCUUUAUUGCUGAAGACCAUGAGAGGGCUGGUGUUUGUGAAGUGCACGGUGAAGGCUGCCUCCGCACUCCACGACAAGCUGUUCCGCCGGCUCCUCCUCAGCCCCAUGCACUUUUUUGAUACAACACCUCUAGGUCGUAUCCUGACCCGAUUCUCCAGAGACAUGGAUGAGGUUGAUGUGCGUCUCACCAUGCAAGCUGAAAUGCUGCUGCAGAACCUGACCCUGGUGCUGUUUUGCUUGGGGAUGGUGGGCAUUGUCUUCCCCUGGUUCCUGAUCUCCAUCCUGCCCCUGGGAGCCUUCCUCUGCAUUGUCAACCGUGUGUCCAGGGUUCUGAUUCGUGAGCUGAAGCGUCUGGAGAACAUCAGCCAAUCACCAUUCACCUCUCACAUCACCAGCAGUCUUCAGGGACUCUCCACCAUCCACGCCUAUGGAAGAGGGCCCGACUUCCUCCAAAGAUAUCAGGAAUUGCUGGACACCAACCAGGCCUCCAACUACCUCUUCAGUUGCGCUAUGCGUUGGCUGGCUGUCCGCCUGGACCUCAUCAGCAUCUCGCUUAUCACUGCUGUAGCACUUCUCAUUGUCUUCAUGCACAAUCAGAUACCUCCAGCCUAUGCAGGUCUGGCCAUAUCGUACGCGGUGCAGCUGACCGGCUUAUUUCAGUUUACGGUGCGGCUGCUCACAGAGACUGAGGCUCGCUUUACAUCAGUUGAGAGGAUCAAUCAUUACAUAAAGUGUCUGGAGAGUGAAGCACCCCGGCAAAGUCCUGAGGCAGCCGCUCCUGCCCCCUCCUGGCCUCAGCAGGGAAAGAUCACCUUCCAGGAUGUGGAGAUGCGUUAUCGUGAUGAUCUGCCACUUGUGCUCAAGAAUCUGUCCUUCAACAUCCUGCCUGAAGAGACCAUCGGCAUUGUGGGACGCACAGGAUCAGGGAAGUCCUCCCUGGGUGUGGCUCUGUUCAGACUUGUGGAGCUGACAAAAGGCUCUAUUAUCAUUGACGGAAUCGAUAUCGCACAGAUUGGUCUGGAUGACCUGCGAAGCAAACUAGCCAUCAUUCCUCAAGAGCCAGUGCUCUUCAUUGGGACAGUCAGGACCAAUUUAGACCCGUGGGAUCAAUUCUCUGAUUCCCAGAUAUGGGAAGCUCUUGAGAAGGCACACAUUAAAGAAAUGGUCAGCCAGCUGCCUCAUUCGCUCCACUCAGAGGUGACGGAGAACGGAGAGAACUUCUCAGUGGGAGAACGGCAGCUACUCUGUGUGGCCAGAGCCCUGCUGCGUAACAGCAAGAUUCUUAUAUUGGACGAGGCAACUGCAGCCAUCGACACUGAGACAGAUCGUCUCAUCCAGGAGACCAUUCGCUCUGCGUUUGGCAGCUGCACAACCCUCAUCAUCGCCCACCGUCUCAACACAGUGAUGAGCUGCAGCAGGGUCAUGGUCCUGGACAACGGCCAGAUUUUGGAGUUUGACAGUCCUGCUGCCUUGCUGGCAGAUGAAAACUCAAGAUUCAGAGCCAUGAUAGCAGCAUCAGAAAACCAAAGCAGAUAAAAGAUGCUGGGGCUGUACUUUCGAUGUGAUCAGUGACACAGCAGAAAAUUCAGUGGAAUACCUGAAUUGCACAAAAAAACAUAAUUAACUCCUGCCAUGGUGUAAGAAAUACAGAGGCUCUGCAAUGGCUGCUAUGUGUUCACAGUGUCUGUUUAUUUACAAAAACCAAAGACCCAGGGACCACAUUUCUGAAGAUCCGACUGCUCCUUGCUGUCGUGUCACAAGGGUUGUUUCCUGUAGGCCAAAUAAUUAACUACAAGUGAAUCAGAGCAAUGACUCUGACAGUAGCACUUUAUAUUUCAUGUGGACACAUGGAAGGACAUGCAGCGCUUCCUUUUCCUCUGGAGGCCAGCUAAUCAGUGACACUCCAUUAGUUUUAGUCAUUUUAUUUUCAUAACUAUGACCUCAGUGCAAGAAUUUACUGUUUUGUAGUUAGUAUUGAUUAUUCAAUGCAGUAUAUCUUAAAGCAUCACCUAUUAACCAUUCCUAGUAGGUACUGUAUAAAACAUGCUGAAAAUGUUUAAUGUUUUAUGUUUUUUUAUGUUCUAUGCAUCUAGUUCAAUGUUAUAACGCAGUUAUUUCAGUAAAUUAUUGGAGAUGCAAUAUGUGCCUAGAGCUGUCAACAUUUUCAGGUCAUAUAAUGGAGUUAGCCAUGUAAGCAGGCUUUUUUUUAGACUGCAUGCAGGUACUGUGUUUUGAAAUGAGCUAGUGUUUCCUCUAAAUCAAAAUGCUGGAGUUUAAAAUCUGCACUUUUUUACACUCAUGGUAAUGUUUUUAUCUGCAAGGUAAAUCUGGUAUUGAACCAAUUACAUUUACAGUUGCAGUUAAGGUUAUGAACCAUGGUACAGUACAGUAUGUAAUGUGCAGUAAAGUUGAAAUUGAUCAACAUCAGGAUGUGUCUUUAAAUGUGUUUUCACAAAGCUGGGGAUUGUAAACUUCUGCCUUAUAAUCAAGUAUGUGCUGAACAAUCAUGAAGAGUGCAAUAUCUUUCUAUUGCAUUAAUGCAUUUUCAAGAUUGCCUUUGUACACUCGAGAUUUUAAUGUUGGAAUAUGUUUUUGUAAACGUUUGAUUUUUAUCAUUAAGAGUUGUGUUUUUUAAUAAAAAGUAUUUUUUAUAUAUGA